GUCCCAACCAAACGCCUCCAUACCAAUCCUCUCACUCUCCUCCCUCACUACACUCACUAUACAAGAAAAUAGAGAUCUGAAGAGACCAAGGCAUUUUCUUCUCUUUGAUUGUUUGGCAUUGCUAAUUCAUUUCUCCAAUAAUUAAUGGCUGUCAUCACUGAAUCUUUGCUCGGCGAUCAAUCAUCAUCACCGCCACCGGAAGCUACAUCGGGUCAAAACAACUCAGAGUCGACCCGGCCUAAUGAUGCUGACCCGUUCAAAAAGGUGAAUGUGGAGCAGUGGAUUCUUGAGCUUCGCGACAGACGUACCCGAGAAAACGCACUGCAACGCCUCUCCAAGAUCAGGGAAAUUCGUGAGGACUUGGCUCCGUUGCUGUGGCAUUCCUUUGGCACCACAUAUACAUUGUUAAAGGUAUGA